CCCACGUUGUUGGAUGUCACUGUCAGAGUUUGGGCGCGCCUUAACUGGGAGUCAUCAUCGGUGGUAUGAGAAAGUUUGUUCCUCAGGAUGGAGAGCUGCACACAUGUUUUCCAGAUCUCUGGGAUCAAAACCCGAGAUAAGAAGAGAGCUCUGGUGCAGGGAAUCCAACAGCUGGGUGGGAAAUACAUAGGUGGCUCAGUAUAUCAGCACUCCAGCACCCACCUCAUUAUCCCUCAGGUUUUGUCCAGUGAGAAGUUUCUGGCAGCCUGUGCUGCAGGAAAGUGGGUUGUGACUCCGGACUACGUAUUGGAUAGUGUUAAGAAUGGUUCCUGGCUGGCAGAGAAACCCUAUGAGGUGACCAUUUCCACCAGUUCCACUGCUGCCUUCUACCCUGUCAGACAAUGGAGGGAGAAGGUGUCCAGUGGGAGACUAACAGGGGCCUUCCAGGGCUGGAGGGUUCUCCUGAUGGUGCAAGAGCCCACAAGGAGAGCCAUGUUCAAACGGUUGCUGAAAGCAGGGAAGGCCAAAGUCUACCACUGCCCUCUCCCCUCCCAUGCCUCCAUCACUCAUGUUAUGGCUAAACCGGUCACAGAGAAUUCAAAAUCGCACAACGCUCCUUGUUACCCAGUGAGCCACAUAGUCCAGCACCUCUUUGGGCGCAAUCAUGUGGACAUGAAUUUCAGCAUAACAGAGGAUCACCCAGCAGAGACGAAGGCCAGAUUUGUUGAUGUUGACUUCUCGAAUUUGGAGGCAGAGCUCAAGAACUAUGUCAUCAAACAGGAGGGCCGGCCAAGACUGUGCUUCCUUGAAUUUCUGGGUUACCAUGACCCCUAUCGUCCCCAGUCACAGGCAACAGAAACAGAUUUCAGCAACGUUGGUAGCAUGAUAGAGUGCGGUCUCUUCAUUGAAGCCUUGGACUCAAUCAGAAGCACCGUGUUCCCAGGCCUGCUGCCACCAGCUCCGUACCUGAUCUCCCUCUUAGAGUAUGCGCAGCAGGGUACCGCCACAUCUGUCUUCCUGAGGAAUUUCCAGCAGGUCAUGGAUAGCCUGCUCCUUACCAACCCUCCAUGGUUGGCUCCCAGCACAGUGAAAAAAUAUUUUACUCAAGUGUUGCAGUGUCCUCAGUGUAAAAGGGGCUUGUGGCCUUUUCUAGAGACCGCCAUCAGGUACUGCCUGUCCAGCGAGGUCACCUGUCAUCCGCUCCCUGGACCUGCCUUGCCAACACUGUUACAUUUCCAUUGUGACAUUCUGGCACUUUUCCUCAAGCUCUUCCAGGGGGAGCUCCACUCCGUCACCGCCGGAGAUUUCAUGGUGCUGCAGGGAACAAGAAUCUCUCCAGCAUCAGCAUCAGGCUCUUUGCUGUACGGAACCUUCUGGACUGUGUGGGAGCGCUCAACCCUGUUGUCGUCUGCUGUGAAACAGCUAACUCAGCUCUUGGUCCAGGCUGCCAUGGAGGACUAUGCUGAGAGGGAUGAGAAGCAGAAGCUGCAUUUGGCCGACACCCUGCUGGACCUCCUGUCUGUGCUGGUGGAGUUCUGGUGUCAGCAACACUUCAAACUGAACCAGAUCCUCGUGGAAAAAGGCCUGAAAGACCUCUCAGAACACCUCGCUGUUAUAAGCCAGGAUGCAUCUCCAGUUGUUUUGGUUGAACUGGUUGUCAGAGUUCGCUCUACCAGGCUUAAGCUGAUGAUGGCUGAUGCCAUAUUCAGGAAUCUCUGUUGCAGAAAUGGAGUUACUGUGGAAGAUGUACCACUGUCUCUUAAGAAAAUGGUGCUUUCCUACCUGCCUGUUCUGGGAAGUUUAGCUCAGAGUCCCAGUGGUACUCGCCUCAGGACUGGACCCACCUCGCACAGCUGCACUAGUCAGGGGACCAGCUGCAGAACUCAGAACUCUUUGGUGAAUGAAACGAGCCCGGAGAAAGAGAACAUCCCAAGAGGUUUGAACAGAGUCAACGCAGCAGGAGAGACCCUCCUCCACAGAGCUUGCAAGAGGAACCAAGUGGAAACGGUGCUACAGAUCCUGGCGCUUCCUGGCACAGACGUCAAUGUUAAAGAUCAUGCAGGCUGGACACCUCUGCAUGAAGCGUGCAACCAUGGCAGCACCGAGUGUGUGGAAGCUUUGCUGCAGCACUAUCCUGCCCCUGUGCUUAAUAACCAGGUGGGUGGAGUGAGCCCACUGCACGAUGCCCUGCUAAAUGGACACAUGGACAUUGCCAAAAUGCUGCUGGAACACGCAGGCUCCGUUCUCCUCCGGCAGACUGAUAACGACGGUCGGUUUCCGCUGGAUCUGGUCUCGGCAUCGAGUCAGAGGGAGGAGCUCCUGCACAGCGCGCAGGUCGGAGACUCCACCCGGAAAAACAAAGCGACUGAGGUUUUGAAUCUUCCCCUUCUGGAGGCCGGAUCCUCUCUGCUGGCCCACCUCAUUUUCUCCUACCAGCAGGAGAGGGGCUUGCCUGGUCACACGCAACCCAGCGACAAGCCCCGCAGCCUGGUCUACAAGAUGGUCAGGGCCCUCGAGACGCACUCCUUCCAAAAAGUGACUUUGGGCUGGACGGACCAGCGGGCAGCGAGGAUGGUGGAAGACGUGGAGACACUGUUGGAGCUCAGCCAAGGGAAGUACCAGGAGCAGGUGUCACAAGCUGUCAAAGAGUGUAAAGGAGAGAACACACUGUUCCUGAUGGAAAUACUGGAGGAUCUGAGGUCUCGAGGAGAAGCACUAGUAGCUUGUGAUGACACAUUCAGAUAAAGACUUGAAUGCACGACCUAUGUUUGAAUGUAAACAGAAUGGAAACUGCAUGAUUGUUGUAUGGUCACAUAGAGUUCACUAAGGCCUUAAAAUAUCCACGCAGGCAACAAAACACCUUCUGGCCCUCUGUGGAUGUAGAAUCAUAUAGAAGUUAGCUGUAUGUUCAUUUCUAAAAAGAUACCGUUUUAUGCUCAUACCGAAAGGGUUCAGUCAUAUUCUGUCACCUUAUUCUGGUUUGACAUGUUUUGCACUUGGCAAAUGUUUCUGAAAUGGAAAAGUAUGUUUAUGUUUAUUGGUUGCAUGUUUUUUUAUGGUUACAUUUCACUGUAGACUGUUACUACCUCACACUUGACUUUUCUAUAACUAGUUCAAGUUUAAAGAUACUUUUUUUUUUUCAUUUUUUUAUGACUACUAUUUAUGACAAAAUAAACGAAAACACAUUAGUUACCUCUUGCACUCCCUGCUAUGGUUUCAAGCAAUUCUGACAGCAUUAACUCCACAGUCAUCUAGUGUUUUAUUAAAAAAAAAAAAGAGAAGUCAGCAGAAAAUGGCCACGGCAGUGUAACGCUGAACGUUGCUCUGACAGAUGGGGUGCCUUUAUGUGGUGGCCACGGAGAAAAAGAAACCAGUUCUCCGGUAAUCCCGGUCUGAAAUGGUGAUGUGCACUCUGGGUCUCGGCAACAGUGAAGAAUGAGCCACUUCACGAAGCUGAACACGAACGGAGAGCGGGGCUUAGGCCGACGUGUUGGCGUGGGACGAGUGGGUAGCGGAGCAAAGGACGCGAGCAGAGAGAGCUCUGAACCUGAAACGGAGGCGUCUAAGACUGAAACGAAUUGCCUUAAAUUACAUUUAUGUGUCGCUACCAGUGUUGCCUUAAAUACGAUGCAGAAAAAACAUUAUCCAGACAUUCUGAAGAUGAUAAAAAAUAUUUAAUCUUGUUGUUUUUUUUUUCAAAAUAAGUAACAUACAUCAGAUGCAUUUCAUUAUUCAAAUCCGAGAUAUACAUCAUGUUUUCUUUUGCCCCUCCUGACCCAAAGCCAGUCUCAUCUCCUACAGCGGUCCUGUCCGGAAAUGUCAUAGGUCAGAACUGGGCACAUGAAGGUGAUGUCACAGGCAGGCAACAUUGCAGGCGGAAAAGACAGAUCUUAGAAAAUGAGGCAGGCAUACACCUACUUUACAAUAUCAUCACCAGACCAUCAACAGGCAUACUGUAUAAAAUACAACCAUAAAUGAAUAAGUACUUAGCUAUGUACAGUAUCAUUUAAAAAAUAAAUAGUCUCAUUUCAACUUGGUGCAAA